AAGUUUUGUAAAAUGUAGACAAAAAUAUGAAGAGAGCAAGAAAAAUGUACCAAAACCCCAGGCUCCCUGCAUUCUGGUGAGGUGUCCAUGCUGGUAUCUAAGCAAUUAAUGUUAUGCUAAUAAUUGUAAUGAACAACAGGAAAUGACAUGGACAAUGACACUGGUAUAGGAGAGAGUAAACAUUAAAAGGCAGGCGAAGGUUUAGAUGAAGUGUAAACUUGUUUGGUAGAGUGAUGUGUUCUAGUAUGUCUUAUAUAAAAAAUUGAACAAACAAAAUUAAAGAAAAAUGCACAGGGUUGUGGCCAUAUGGAAUUCACUCUGUCAAAGGGUAGAUGAUUUGUGACUACAUUGAAUAAAAAGCUUGAUAAACCACCAGGGGCAUUAAAAAAAAACAGUGAAAGGAUACAUUGAUGAGCUUGGUUAAUGGGUGGGAGGAGCUUCCAGUUAAGAUUGCACCUCCAAACAUGUGCGACAGCUCCUGGUAGUCAAAAAGAUAAGAAAUCAAAUUUUUUUUUAAAUGACUAAAACUACCCUUCCUGAGGUAAAUUGUGUUAAAUUAUUACCACGAACAGUGAAGUGGCGAGCAAUGGUGAGGCAAGAUGGUGUGUUGCAGAAUCAUUGCAAAUGGAGUUCCGACGCCAUAUGGCUGGCGCAGGAGCGAGGCAAUCACACUCAGAACCAAAAGAAGUUGGGGCCCGGGCAGAGAAGAUUCAGAGCUCAUUCCACUAGCCCAGGUGUGAGGUCGGAUUGCUCUGGGCACUGAGCUGAUUUGAAAAGCUUGAGUGGCUUUGGGCUGGGCGAUGAAUUCUGGGCCUGGAGUCCUUCGCUGCAGUUGCAUCCUAGGGCAAGGUAAUUUCGCUGUUUAGACAAUUUAAACACUGGGACAGAUGGGAGGUGAGAGCCAAUUUCACUCGUCUGUGAUCUUCACUCCUCUCUCCAAGGCACUGAAGCCUUUCGCUGUUCCAUUGUUGAGUCAAUUUAAAUGCUGGCCCAGGAAGUCUGAAAAGGCAGGGUGUCAAGGUUUGAAUGAGAGCCAAUUUCAUUCGCUCUCUGUGAUGGUCAUCUCCAUAGCGCUGAGGCCAUGAAGACUGCCCCGGCUAUUGUGUUCCGUGCUGCUAAUAUGAUGAACUAUGAUAAGCAAGGCUUUGGGCCUACUCUGGGGUUUGGCUCUGAAGUCUCCAAUUUGGUUCAUAAUGUUGUUGUUCACUUCAAUUGUUUGCUUGAUUUUUUUUAAUACUUUUUUCUUACUCUUGCGCAUCAAGUGUUGCUCUUUUAUUUUUUUCUUUAAUUGAGUUCUUUUGGGUUUCUUGCUUUGUGGCUACCCAUGAGCAAGCAAAUCUCAAGGUUGUAUAAUUUACACAUUCUUUGAUAAUAAAACUUGAAUCCUGAGUUUUGAAUUCAAAUAUUUCAAUUUUAUAUCAGAGAAUGUAUACACUAAAUAACCUGAAAUUCUUACUCCUCUACAAAACAAGAACUCUGAAGAAUGAAUGAUAGUAAUAUCAGAACUCCAAAGCCUCCCUACCCCUCCCACGCACAAACAGCAACAGAAGCAUCGAACCAUCCUCUCCCCUCACUUGUACCUCCCCACCGUACAAGCAAUAGCAAAAGCCCCCAGAGACCUUGAUCUAGACAUCUAUCAAACCUACAGUCCAUAUCUCAGCACUUCAGUAUCUCAUACAGGGUUUCUGUCUCUCACCAGCAAGGGAGAGAUUGCUCCUGCAACAAUGAGAGCGGGAGACCAGCAACUCGCUGUUCCCUUUUUACAAUCUUCUGUGUCACUUCUCCAAGAUCACCAGCUUGGGGACCGACAGGCUCUCCCCCUUCAUCAAAAGAACGAGACAGAGAGGGAUUGCUCGAAUACAAGGGCCUUCUUCCAUCAGUUGCACACACCAUCUGCUGUCCCAAUGUCUCACUCUUCAUGGCAGAUGCAAUUUAAUGUAGAUAAAUGUGAGGUUAUUCACUUUGGUUGCAAGAACAGGAAAACAGAUUAUUAUCUGAAUGGUGGCAGAUUAGGAAAAGGGGAGGUGCAACGAGACCUGGGUGUCAUUGUACACCAGUCAUUGGAGGUGGGCAUGCAGGUACAGCAGGCGGUGAAAAAGGCAAAUGGUAUGUUGGCAUUCAUAGCAAAAGGAUUUGAGUACAGGAGCAGGGAGUUUCUACUGCAGUUGUACAAGGCCUUGGUGAGACCGCACCUAGAAUAUUGUGUGCAGUUUUGGUCCCCAAAUCUGAGGAAAGACAUUCUUGCCACAGAGGGAGUACAGAGAAGGUUCACCAGAUUGAUUCCUGGGAAUUUGAUUGAUUUCCUGACGGCAGGACUUUCAUAUGAUGAAAGACUGGAUCGACUAGGCUUAUACUCACUGGAAUUUAGCAGAUUGAGGGGGUAUCUUAUUGAAACGUAUAAAAUUCUAAAGGGAUUGAACAGGCUAGAUGCAGGAAGAUUGUUUCUGAUGUUGGGGAAGUCCAGAAUGAGGGGUCACAGUUUAAGGAUAAAGGGGAAGCCUUUUAGGACCGAGAUGAGGAAAAACUUCUUCACACAGAGAGAGGUGAAUCUGUGGAAUUCUCUGCCACAGGAAACAGUUGAGGCCAGUUCAUUGGCUAUAUUUAAGAAGAAGUUAGAUAUGGCCUUUGUGGCUAAAGGGAUCAAGGGGUAUGGAGAGAAAGCAGGUACAGGGUUCUGAGUUGGAUGAUCAGCCAUGAUCAUACUGAAUGGCGGAGCAGGCUCAAAGGGCCGAAUGGCCUACUCCUGCACCUAUUUUCUGUGUUUCUAUGUUUCCCCCAUGAGUUGAGUAUAAACAUUCAAACAUGAAUCUGUUGCGUAGAAAUUGUCUGCUUUAUUAUAGAUUCCUUGCCUAGAAAUUCAUUCUCAUUUGAGUAAUGGAGUAGCAGCUAGGUAUUCGGUUCCACUUUCAACUUGUGGCUGCUUUUCCCACAGGAAAUAACUCUAUCCCUGCCAGAAACAUAGUUCAAGAGUUGAUGCAGAAAAGUAAGUUCCUGUGGCUUUCCUUUCGUGUUAAGGAAAUAAGACUUUUGGGAAGAUGAUGGAAUUAUUCUGCGGGUCUGGAAGAUGGUGCCUGUCCUGAGGCUUCAGUAUGAAGAAGGGAAUGAAUGAGGAUCUGGUGCCGAGUGAAGAUUGCCCUGGGUUUGGCAGUAGGACAAUCAAAAUCCACAACCUUCAAUAGCCAGCCAGUGGUAUAGGAGACUUCAAGGUGCUGCCUGACUUGUUGAGUGUCACCAGCAAUUUCUGUUUUGAUUUCCAUGUACAAGAGGAACAUGUAUCCUUGUCAGGCAUACUCAAUAAAUUCAAGAACCAAAGAAAGACCACACCCAACAGGAUAACAAGCGUGCAAGCAACCAAAAAGACAACACACUGGGCAAAUACAAAAAAAGAAAUAAAUAAUCAAGAACACAAGAUGAAGCAGUCCUUGAAAGUGAGUCCAAAGGUUGUGGGAACAUCUUAAUGAUGGGUCAACUGAAAUGAUCCCCACUGGUUCAAAAGCCCGAUGGUUAAGGGGUACUCACUGUUCCUGAACCUAGUGCUGAGAGUCCUGUGGCUCCUUUACCUUCUUCCUGAUGGCAGCGGCGAGAAGAGAGCAUGUCCUGGGUGUGGAGGUCCUUGAUGAUGGAUGUGGCUUCCCUGCGACAGCACUCCAAGUAGGUGUGCUCAAUGAUGGGGCAGAAGUUACUCGUGACAGACUAGGCCAUAUCCAGUACUUUUUGUAGGAUUUUCCAUUCAAGGGUAUUGGUGUUACCAUGAUGCAACCUCUAAUCUCCCUAGGAGGACUGGCUGAUGAACUUCCAGUUUCCUCCUCUUUUACUCAAUGUUAGCAAGACCAAGGAGUUGAUCAUUGAAUUCGAGGAUGUUGUUGCAUCACUCGGCUAGAUUUUUAAUCUCCCUCCUAUAUGCUGAUUUGUUCGUCACCACCUUUGAUUUGGUCUAUGACAGAGAUGUUAUCUACAAAUUUAAGUAUGGCAUUGGAGCUGUGCUUAGCCACACAGUCACAAGUGUAAGGUGUAAAGUGAGUAGAGCAGGGAGACAGGCACACAGACUUGCAGUGCACUUGUGCUGAUGAAGGUCGUGGAGAUGUUGUUGCCAAUCUGAAUGGACUGGAAAAAUCAAGGAUCCAAUUGCACAGAGGGAUUGAGGCCAAGGUCUUGAAGCUUAUUGAUUAGUUUUGAGGGGAUGAUAGUAUUGAAUGCCAAGCUGUAGUCGAAAUGGAACAUCCUAAUGUAUCCAUCUUUGCCAUCCAGAUACUCCAGGGUUGAGUGAAGAGUCAAUGAAAUUACAUCUGCUGUUGACCUGCUAUGCGGCAGGCAAAUUGGAGCAUAUCCAAGUUGCUUCUCAGGCAGGAGUUGAUAUGUUUCAUCACCAACCUCUCUAAACACUUCACAGUGGAUGCAAGUGUUACUGGAUGAUAGUCAUUGAGUCAGGUUACCACAUUCUCCUUAGGCACUGGUAUAAUUGAAACCUGCCUGCAUGGGUACCCCAGACUGCCGAACCAGCAGUUCUUUUGCCCUUUUUGAUAUAUUAAUGUAGGAAAUGCAAAGUUGUGAUGGUGCAUUGACAGGAGCAAUACUAAAAAAAGGUACUUCAUGAAGAUAGAGAAGCAAGUGUCUGGGGUCCAAAUUCACAUAUCACAGUACCAACCCCAGUUAAGAUCACAAAAAUAAUUGAAGCACAGGAGUGCCAUAAAUUUCUAGAGAUGGAGAGAAUUGAAAAUGGUUACUAAAUUUACGUAGGGCUGAUCUUGAGAAUUGCCCUUCUGUUCUGCAUAGAGAAGGAGCAAACGAAAACAAAAAUUACAAAACAGUAACAAAUUGCAAGAUCAUAUCUUGUAGGAAAGAUUAAAUGGCUGGAAUUCAAAAUUUUAAAAAGUCUAGAUUAAGGUUAUAGAGAAGAAAAAAAAAUCUUAUUAGAUUACACAACCAAAUUUCAGAACUGCAAUUCAAUGUGCAUUCAAAGUAACUUUAAUACCAAAGUACGUAUACGUCACCAUACACAACCCUGAGAUUCACUACAUUUAGUUCAUGGAGAAGAUAUUUCUAGCAUGGAUAUAUUAAUGUUUAUGAAAGUUCUUUCCCCAUACAAGAUUUAGUGUGGAACCUGGUACAAGCAGAACAUAUACACACAAGUAAAUGUGACAAAGAAUAGGAAGGAUAUGUCACUAGGGUUUAAUGGGAGGAAAGGAGGUUGAAUUGUAGUUUGUCUGGAGCAUAAGAUGGGUUCAAUAACCUUUUUUGAUCUAAAUACAAAAAUCACUCCAAAGUUUGCAGAUGACAGAGGUUAAAAAAUAAAAUAUUACAAAAUAGCAACAGACUACAAGUGAAAUGGUCAGAGAUAUAGCCUAUCAAGUAUAAUGCCAACACAUCAAGUGCUCUGAAUUUCAAAAUGAUUCAACACAAAUGGAUCACAUCUGGUCAAUUGAGCCAUUGGUAGCAAUGGCAUGGCUACAAUUAAUCCCUCUUCCUUGCUCUUUCCUCAAUAUCCUACACAUUCCCCACCUUCAAAUAUCUAUUCAACCCCCUUUUUUUAAAAAAAAGCAUUAUUGAAUCUACUUCAGAGCAGUCCUGAUCACAACUUCCUGCAAAUAAAUUUUAUUUCCUCUGGCUCUAUAUUCAUUUUCUAAAUCUGCACUGUGCAUUCUAUUAAAACCCUUCAAAAUCUGAGCACCCCUUAAACUUUUCUAGAUUCUCCAGUAACAUGGAGAGAAACAA